AUGGAAACGCUUUGGAAUUCUUUAUGCAUCGCUUGUCUUGCUCUUUCAUCUGAUGGGCACUACUGCAUAAUCAUUGUAGCAGCAGUAAAUGCAGAAAUAGCAAAUCAAAAUCAUCCAAGACACAACGGAGUGGCUCUUGUGGCUCUGCCUACCGCUUUACUUGCUCUGGAAUUUCCAGUCAGUCUCUCUUGGAAGAGUCUGACUUUUCUUGAUCUUAGGCAUAACAUGCUUGAAGGACCAUUGCCUCCUUCCAUCUGCGAUUCCGAAAACCUGAAGUAUCUUCUGUUGGCUGAAAACAAAUUGAAUGGUACCAUUCCUCAAUGCUUGGGAAGUUUUAGCAAUCGACUCAAGGUGUUGGACCUGCAAAAGAUUAGCUUCCGCGGGAUGAUUCCAACAACAUUCAAACAUGAUAAUCAGUUGAGGAUUCUUAACCUGAACGGAAAUCAAUUGGAAGGGCCACUGCCACGAUCUUUGAUCAAUUGCAAAAACUUGCAAGUUCUUGAUGUUGGCAAUAACAAGAUUUGCGAUGCAUCCCCUGUGUGGCUUGAAACUCUUCCAGAGCUACAUGUUUUGAUAUUGAAAUCCAACAGAUUUCAAGGUCCUAUAGCCACUUCUAAGACUAAACUCCCAUUUCCCAAGCUGCGAAUCUUCGACAUAUCUCACAAUGAGUUCACUGGCAUCCUACCGGCAGACCUUCCGAAGAACUUUAGAGCCAUGACCAGCCUUGAUAGCAGAAAAGAACUUGAAUACAUAGGAAAUCGAUUUUACUACGUAGAUUCUGUGACUUUGGUGAUGAAGGGCAAGGAAACUGAGUUUGUCAGAGUCCUCAAGCUUUUCACUGCGGUUGAUUUAUCUUCGAACAAGUUUUCAAGUGAGAUUCCCAAGUCCAUAGGAAAUCUCAUAUCAGUCAGGUUACUCAACUUUUCCCACAACGGGUUGCAGGGUUCCAUUCCUGCAAACACUAGAUGA